AUCGCCGUCUUCUUCAUAAACCUUCACCAUGUCAACCACUCUCUCCGUGAGAUCCGUCGUUACCAAAAGAGCACCGAGCUGUUGAUCCGCAAAUUGCCGUUCCAACGUCUGGUGCGUGAAAUCGCACAGGACUUCAAGACCGACUUGCGUUUCCAGAGCUCCGCCGUCAUGGCGUUGCAGGAAGCCAGCGAAGCGUAUUUGGUCGGUCUGUUCGAAGACACCAAUUUGUGCGCCAUUCACGCCAAACGUGUCACGGUCAUGCCAAAAGAUAUCCAAUUGGCUCGUCGUAUCCGUGGAGAACGUGCUUAAAUAACUUUAAAAUAACAAUAA